AAUUUUAUUUUUUCUGCGGGUUUUUUGUUUUAUUACGGAUAUUUAAGCGGUUAAUCAGUUAGUAAAUAGCAUUUAAAUUAUCUGUGUUCUUAGUAGAUACAAUUGGCUACUGCUAGCAGGCCUUGCAGCUUGUCAAACGUAAACAUUCUUAUUACAGCAAUGGGCGGACAUCACGGCGAACCCUACACGGUGCCCCACGCAUCGACCUACAAGGUGGAGAGUGUGCCCCAACUCGUGGAGGUGAAGGAGGCUCUGGGCCGCCAGGGAUUGAAGGAUCCAUGGCUGAGGAACGAAGUCUGGCGCUAUGAGCCCAAGGCCUUCGGCACCCACAGAUCCCGCCUGAACACCUUCCUUUUCCGCGGACUCGGCGUGGGAUUCUGCGCUUUCCUGGCCACCGUCGCCGUGGAGUACGCGCUGGGCAUUGGCAAGGGUCAGGGCGGCCAUGGACAUGGCCACGGUCACGAGGAACACGGAGAUAAGGGCCACCAUUAGAUAUACUGAAUAAACCCAUUGUGCUAUCGCUCC